UAAGUGUUUGUACAGUAGUAGCGGGCCAGUACCGGUCGAAACAAGAUGGCUAGAUUGAUAUGUCUUGGACGAACAGCUAAGCUGUUAAUCGCUUGGAAUCAUCCUAAAAACACCAAAAUCUUGAACGUAAUAAAGAGCCAUGGUAGACUUUUAUGCACUUGUUAUGGGCACCUUAGUCAACAAGAUGGCAUCUUUCUCCCAAAGAGAUACUUGGGUCAACCAACUCCCUUCACCCACAAGCACCUACUGAAGACAAAUGAAAUCACCCCAGAGAUCACGCGACAGGAGUACAUGGACAGGCGCACUGAUCUUAUGUCAGCCAUUGGACGGUCUUUCAGCAGUGCUAGUGGCAGUGAACACGUUGUGGUUGUCCUGUCCGCUGACAAGAAAUACAUGACUGAUGAUAUUCCGUAUCCGUUCAGGCAGAAUACGAGUUUCCUGUACCUGACAGGCUUUCAGGAGCCAGAUAGCGCAUUGGUGUUGGAGAGCAUCCUUGGGAGGAAUUUGCCUGAGCACAAGGCGACGCUGUUUGUGCAGCAGCGGGACCCGGAGCGGGAACUCUGGGAUGGACCGCGGGCGGGCACUGAGGGAGCCCUCCAGUUCCUGGGCAUCCAUGAAUGCCAGCCCAUCGGCGAUUUCAGUGAGAAGCUCCAUAGCCUGGCCAGUAGCAAGAGCGAGCUGGUGGCGUGGUAUGACGUCUUCAAGCCGCCCCAUGCCGCACUUCACAAAGAAGUACAGGAGACCUUUGUCCAGCAGUGUCGCAACAGGGGACACCCCGUUAACAUCCUGGAGAAUGUUCUCCAGUCGCAGAGGGUUAUCAAGUCCCCUGCAGAGCAAAACUUAAUGCAGACAUCGGCCUCUGUCGCUGCUAACGCUAUCAAAGACGUCAUGGAAUUCUCACAGCCGGGUAUCAACGAAUCAAUCUUGUAUGCCAAGCUGGACUACAGUUGUCGCAUCAGGGGGGCUGAGUUCCUCGCUUACCCGCCCGUCAUAGCAGGCGGGAAUAGAGCCAACACCCUCCAUUACAUCAGCAACAACCAGGAGAUCUUGAACAAUGAGCUGGUGCUCAUGGAUGCUGGCUGCGAGUACCACGGCUAUGCCAGUGACAUCACGCGGACUUGGCCUGUCAAUGGUCGGUUCACGGAUCCCCAGGCCCAGCUGUACCAAGCCAUUCUGGACGUGCAGAAGGACUGCAUCGAGAUGUGCACGGUGGGCGGGACACUAGACCAAGUGUAUCAUUUUAUGCUGGCGGAGCUUGGCAAACGCCUGCAGGAAAUGAGGAUCUUACCAUCAGGACUAGCAGAAUGGGAAAUCUGCAAGAUGGCCAAGCAGUACUGCCCACAUCAUGUCGGCCAUUACCUGGGCAUGGAUACCCAUGACACUGGACGCAUAUCUCGCAGCAGCCAGCUACAGCACGGCAUGGUGGUCACUAUCGAACCAGGUCUGUACAUUCCAGAGUUGGACACCAGUGCACCCGCCAAGUACCGGGGGAUUGGCAUCCGCAUCGAGGACGACAUUCUCAUUACGGACAAGGGCCCGGAAAUUCUUUCGGCAGAGUGUCCAAAGGAGAUUGAGGAGUUGGAAAAGCUCAUCAGAAAAUGACUUUCAGGUUGUGGGUCUUGCAUAAAACAGAGGCAUCAUUUUCAGUGAUAAGUGCUGACUUGCAACUUCCUUGCCAAGUCUGAUAACCAUACGUAGAUGGCAAGAUUCUGUUUUAUAAACUUGUACAUGUAAGUUAUAUUUGAUACGGCAUGGGUCUGUUUUUACCACAAGUUCUGUUUGACCCAGACUGGUAUUUGGAGACUGUGGCUUCAUUUUUUGCCACUGCAGCGUCUCGUUACAAAUCCAAAAUCAGGUGCCUUCUAGAAUUAGAUGGAUUCUGCCGUCGUAAUUUCAAUUUUAUUGUUACCUUUCAGUAAUGCCCUGGAGUCCUAUGUACUUAUGGAAGCAUGCAUUGUUUUACAUCUAUGCUUUUUCUGGAGCCACAAGUUUGUCCUUCCUCCUUGGUCUUGUGAGAAGGCAUGUCUUAUCAGGCCCGUUGCCUGACCAGAUACGGGGGGUUCGUCAAACCAAAAAGUGGAACUCUUGGCACUGUGAACACAUAUUUUUAUAUAAAGGCCUAUCACUGUGAGCUUUAUAUAAUGAGCUCACAAUACAACAUUGAAAAGCUGCAAGUCAGUCGCAAACCAAAGGUUGCAUGUAAGACUUGUACACUGUAGUUUUAAAUAUUGAAUAAACUUAACAAAAAUACAUUGAUU